AUUGACAUUGAGGAUACCUUGGAGUGGACUUAUCAAGGGUAUUGUAUUUUCAGGGUUCCUCAAAGUAUUCGGAAAGUAAACGAAGAAGCUUACACUCCUAAAUUGAUUUCAAUAGGCCCUUUUCAUCAUGGUAAAGAAGAAUUAGCUGAAAUGGAGAAGCAAAAACCAAGAUAUAUGGAAAGUUUCCUUAAACGUAUAACUAUGAUCAAGAUGGAGGAAAUUUCAGCCUUCGUAAAGAACAAGGAACAAUGUAUUCGUAAUUGUUAUGCUGAGACGUUCAUGGUUCCGAGGGAUGAGUUUGUAAAGAUGAUUCUAGAUGAUGCAAUUUUCAUCGUCGAGCUCUUUUGGAGGCAUCACAAAGGUGAUACAAGUGAUCUUUUGCUAAAUAUACCUGUCGUGCAUAAUGCUUUAAAAUUCGAUUUUCAGUUACUCGAAAAUCAACUUCCAUACUUUGUCCUCGAGAAAGUGUAUAAGUUAGCUUUUGUUGGCCCUGGCAUUGCUGACAAUCCUUCCUUCAUGGAUCUUUCUUAUAAGUUCUUUGGGGGCUACUUGUUCAAGAGCUUUCCCAGGUCACCUAUGGAAGUUAAACAUUUCACCGAUUUGAGAAGAAGCGCUCUACUGAUCAAGGAAGGCUGCUUUUCUAAUAGUCGAAGUGACUCAAGAGUGAAUUCAAAUGUAAAUAUUGGAAGUUUACCUUGUGCAGUGAAGCUACGUUUGGAAGUAAGAGAUGAGACAGAAUGUUUAUUUAGAAACAUAAUGGCUUUGGAGCAGUGUUACUACUCAUUUGAUACUCGGAUUUGCAAUUACGUUGAUAUGAUAGACUGUCUUAUAAAUACUGAGAGAGAUGUGGAUUUGCUUGUUGGAAAGGGAAUAAUUUCCAAUCAUUUGGGGGAUAAUGCUUCAGUAGCUAAUAUGUUUAACAAACUUUGUUCUCAAAUUUGUUUAAGUAAUUCUUGUUACUAUAACCUUUGCGAGGAAUUGAAGGCACACUAUAACAAUCGUUGGAACAAAACCAAGGCAAAGUUGAGGAGUGUGUAUUUCAGCAAUGUUUGGAGAGGCACGGCAACUAUUGCCGCAAUUAUAAUCUUGUUGUUAACUAUCCUACAAACAAUAUGUUCUAUAAUGCAAGUAAUUUGAUUUCUUGUAUUAGAUCCAC